GCCCAGGGCCCCCAGGAUCCGAUGAGCGAGGAGCCCCUCAGCGCUCCCCUCGACCGCGGCAGACCCUAAUUACCCCCAAACGGAAGGCCUGGUGGUGAGAGGUGGCCCCGGGGGCACAGGGCCCGCAUCUGGGUCACGCCGCCGGUCCUGUCUCCCUGGCACGUGUGGGCAAAUUGGUGGCCAGCCCACGGCCACCUGCUGCUCUGGGUCUAUCGGGGGUGUGUGGAGACGGUCCGCAAGGGGGAGGGAGAGGGAAUCAGGGGCCCCGGAAUUCUGAGCCUAGAGCUCGAAGGGUGAGCUGGGGCGCUGUACUCUGAGAACAUACAUUGUAGUAAAAUGUACAGAAAGCCGACUGACCUUCUCGCCCACGCUGGAGGGCCAGGAGCGGAGCAUUCAGUGCACCCAUGAGGUUGUGCGGCACCACCACCGUCCUCUCGCCCCUGCCCGGCACCCACCAUCUGCUUUUGUCAUGAGUUUGAUGUUCGAGGUAGUCCACGUGACUGGAAUCACCCAGUACCAACCCCGGCACAAUCCGGUCGAAGUGCCAGUCAGAACUUUCUUUUGCGGCUGAGCGAUGCCCCAUCGCAGGGACAGACCAGGUUCUGUUGAUUCACCUACUGGAUUCUCGGCCGUCUCCUUCCCCUUUUGAUAUUGUUAGUAGCGUUGCCGUGGACGCUCGUGUGCACCUUUUUGUGCAGAAAGAGGUCAUCACGUAAAGGUGGAAUCGAGGUUUCAGGGACGGGCAGCCUGUUCCCACACUGGCCGCGCCAUUUCCAUUCCCACAGCAGUUGUGAGGCCCGGGAUGGGCCACCUCCCAUUAGCACCUGUUAUUGUCUGUGUUUGACUGUAGCCGUCGUGGCUGUGACCUGCAACCUCAGGGAGGUUCUGAUUUGCAUCCUGCUGAUUACUAAUGAUCUCGGGCAGCUCUGCUUGUGCGGUUGCGUUUCACAUCUAGUAGCCUGGGUGCCUGGGGCUGCAGCUCAGCUGGGCCCCUGGGGUGACUCAGGCUGACCCAGCCCUGCCCCACAGAGCUUCCAGGGUAAAGAGUUGCAAAACAGAGUGCCACCCAUGAAGGGACUCAGGAGCUGCCACCCAUAAGGGCUGAAAGGGCACCAGAAGGAAGGGCGUGGGGUGAGGAUUUCCUUCCAGAUCUUCAGUGACAUCAGAACCCAAGUGCACAAGUUGCCGGUGUGUCAGGAAUUGGUCGCAGGACGCAGAAUUCUUAGUUUUAUUUUUUAAAAUAUUUUUAGAGAAGGGGAAGAAGGGAGAAGGAGAGACAUCAAUGUGUGGCUGCCUCUUGUGCCCCCUGCCCACCCCCACCAGGGACCUGGCCCGAAACCCAGGUGUGGGAAACCCCGGCUGGGGAUUUUUUCCCACAGCGGCCUCUCGGUGUCCGGGUCGGCGCUCAGCCCACCGAGCCACACAGGGCAGGGCAGGGUUCUUAACUGGGCAGUUGGCCGUAGGUUUGGCAGGCACGCAGAGAGCACGUCUUCUGCAUGGAUGGUGACAGGGCCAGAUCCCCGGACCCCCACGGCCCCCUUGGAGAAGCGACACACUGACCGAAGGGGUGGAACAUAGAUGGAGUGGACAGCGGGCCCAGGGACGAGCUCAGGAGCCCUGCCCUCGGCGGCGGCUGCCGGACCAGAAGGGGACACCGCGACUCUGACCCGCCGGAGCCACCUGGCCCCACCGGCACCGCCAGACCCUCGCCCCCGCUCCACAUGGAUGCACAGGGACCCGAAGACCUUGGGCGCACGCUGCGGGGCGCGGCAGAAAAUCUAUAUCAGGAACUUGAAGAACAUUUUCAAGCUCUGACUGCAACAUUAAAUCUCAAAAUGGAAGAAAUGGGGAGGCGCCUCCAGGACCUGCAGAGCAACGUGGACCAGCUGAUGGUGCAGGCUGGGAUCACAAGCGCUACAGAGAAACAGACGGGAAAGGUGCACGGUCAUCAGAGCCUCCGAGGGGGCCCCGACCCAGCCAACAACCUGGCUGAGCAUCGGGGAUCCUCCCCCAACCAACCUGUCCCAAGAGAACCCGCAGAACCUGCCCGCCUUGGGCCUGCGGGAUCCCCAGCUCACAAACGGUGGUUUUCAGCCACAACGCUGUGCUGACUGGUCACUCGGACGACGAAGCUGAGGCACGCCCUGCACAGCCCACCUGGACCACCCUCGCCAACAAGGGCUCCACGUGUAGAGCAGACACGACACUGCCGCCCACCGGCUUGUGUGGCGACAGCAGCAGGGAGACAUUUGGCACAUGUGACAAUGUCCAAGGGCGGUUUCUUUCUAAUGAAGCCUCCACAACAGAGCUAUUUCUUUACUCAUGAUGUGACUUGACUUUACUGCUAAACGAAUACCAUCAAAUGUACGUGGCAUCUGGACCAGACCCUUAUAGCCCCAGCCGGUGUCCGUUCCCACGGCUUUCUCUGCAGCAAAGCCCGUGAGCUGUGGAAUCGAAUGCAACUAAGGCAGUUAGAGAAACUCUGUUCUUCAGGCCAAUAAUUCACAGGCUAGAGUCUACAACAGAAUGUCUAAGCUGAUAAAAUAACUUGUAAGCAAAGAAAUGAAGUGCAGGUUUCACAAAGAACACUAAAUAGAGUCACUGAUAUCAUAUUUCAAAAGUAAGUUAUUUUAAAAGACAUUUUUCAUCAACAGGUUAUUUAAAGGUACCUUAAAUGUCAGUAAAGAUGUUUUCCAUUGAAUUACACCUCACCUAGGUUUCUGGGCAAAGUUAUUUCAAAAGAGUAGUUUGUUACUGAGGAAAUGCUAAAACUGGAAAUUGUGUUACUUUGGAAACUGUUUAAAAGAUUGCACUGAUUGCCUGGAGACUGUAAGUGACAAGGCUAUGUAGCUGACUUCCUUCUGAAUAAAAGGAUCUGAAGGCACACUGAUCACAUUAAACUUCCAGACCAGCCACUCCGUGAGAGGGCAACCUCAGUGAGGGGGAGGGGGGGAGGGACGCACCU